AGAUGACAGAAUAUAUUCUACUUUCUCUAACAUUUCCCUAAUUUCUUUUUUAAUUCAUCGUGAUAUAUCCUUCUCGUUUCUAAAUGGCAACCACUGUUCAUGGCUGCCCCCACCUGGCCUCUGCUCACUCUAGUUUUCUGUUGAUUGGAAAUCUAUAUAGUAACAAAUGUCCUCCAUUCAAAGGGUACCCGUACCGGCGUAUCGGUUUAGAAAAAAUAUUGCCGUCAUUUGCCCGGGAGCUUCUCCGGCGCGCUGCUACAGUGCCUAGCGACAAGUACAAGUGGCUCAACACUUGACCCCCAUCUACUAACGUUAGCCUGCAACCAACCCUACAAGCCACAUUGUCGUUACCUAUACUCAACCAUAUUUCUCACUACAGCGGCAAUCAUAACUAGUAGCCCAUGCCAUACCGAAUAUUGAUUGUUCAAGGACAUCCAACGCAAUGGGAAGCAUGUGCUUAUAAGCUGUACUACGCAUCUUCUCUAUUGGCCCGUUGUAGGUAGUGCUGUUGUGCGGAUGAGGCUGCGCUGUGAUACCCCUCACUUUAUGCAUGCAUUGCUAGUGCUGACGUGGUGCAAAUCGUCAUCUAUGUAGUUCAUUUCAGUUUUGCUUCACUACUAGGCAAAUCCUAUACACCACAUGCCUUGGCUUUUAUAGGUUAACGAUUAUGAAGCGACCAGACAAGACUCUUGACAGCUAUAAGCAGUAUUCUAUCGCAUGGAUUGCCGCGCUGUCUAUCGAGCGAACAGCCGCGGCGGCUAUGCUGGAUGAGCGACACAAGCCGCCGCGGGAUUUUACACCAUCAGCAUCAGACAUCAAUCAAUACACAUGGGGUCAAAUGAACGGCCAUAACAUUGUCAUAGCAGUUCUUCCAAGCGGAAUCUACGGAACCACAGCAGCUGCUGUCACGGCAUCCCAUCUCAGCGCGUCGCUUCCCCACAUCAAAAUGGCUCUAUUGGUAGGCAUUGCCGGCGCAAUUCCACACACUAGGAAAGAUGGGCUUGUGGAGUGCAUAGAUGCCGGGCGCGAUAUCCGACUGGGUGACAUUGUUGUUGGGCAGCCGGACGGUACUGCUGGUGGUGUCGUCCAGUAUGACUUGGGAAAAUCGAAGCUCGGGCAAGUUUGGGAACGAAAGGGUUCAUUGAAUCAGCCUCCGCUAGCUCUCCUUGCAGCUCUAUCUGUAUUACAAUCUGAGCGCGAACUGGGAGAUGUCAAAGUCCCAGAGUACCUCGAAACCAUGUGGCAGGAGUAUCCUAAGCUAGCCGAGUCUGGCUCGACCGGGAAACCGACUUAUACGCAUCAGGGAUUUGAAAAUGAUGUGCUUUUUAAAGCCCAAUAUGAACACCAUGGUGCGCCAGAGACCUGCCAGCAAUGCGAUCUAUCUGAACAAGUAACCCGCUCAGACCGCAGCAGCACCGAGCCCGAGGUACAUUUUGGUAUUAUUGCAUCUGGGAAUACACUUGUCAAAGAUGCCUUGACGCGAGAUAAGAUAGCUGAGUCAACUGGCCAAAAAUGCCUCUGCUAUGAAAUGGAAGCCGCCGGCAUCGUGUCCCAUUUCCCUUGUCUAGUUAUCCGCGGUAUAUGCGACUAUGCAGACUCGCAUAAAAAUGACCGCUGGCAACCAUAUGCGGCAGCAACAGCGGCAGCGUUUGCCAAAGAGCUUCUUUACCAUUUACUACCGGCAGAUGUAGCUACUGCUGUGCCAUUGAGCGAGAUUUCUGCCGUAAAGGUGUCUCUAGAUAAACUCCAGGUCGAUAGCACCCUCGGGCACAAGAAAAUAGAUGAAUUACAACGUGGGCUCAACGAGUCCACUAACAAGACUCUCUUCAGCCAACUACCCAUUGCAGCAGAAGCACGGUACGACUCAUACACGGAAGGCAAUAAUCCUGUGUGCCUUGAAAACACAAGAGAAGAGGUCCUCGCAGAAAUCUUUGACUGGAUUGACAGCAACACAACAACACGAUUGUUUUGGCUCAACGGUAUGGCAGGGACAGGCAAGUCCACGAUAUGCCGCACGCUCGCACAUAUACUGGAUACGAAGAGUAUGCUCGGAGCAUCGUUUUUCUUUAAACGAGGUGAAGCCGAUCGAGACACUAUUCGAAAGCUUUCGACCUCCAUUGCCACCGAUUUGGCUAUUCGAAACGCGAGCUUUGGCGCGGAGCUCAUGCGUGUUCUAAAGGGCGACGCUAAUGUAACCAACAAAACUGCUCAUGAGCAGUUUAAGCGCCUUGUACUUGAACCGCUAUCUGUCAUCCAGUCACCCAGACGCAUGGUAGUGGUGCUGGACGCUGUGGAUGAAUGCGAUCAAAUCGAGCUAUCGAGGCUAUUCGACAUAAUAUUUGAGUUGAAAAGCCUUGAUAUCCCUUUCUUAAAGGUGUUUAUAACUAGUCGACCCGACCUACCGGUAAUAUCUGGCUUUAAAAAUGUCAAAGGACACUACGAUGACAUCAUUCUACACCAUGUUCUGAAGCAUAUCAUCGACCAUGAUCUCCUUUUGUUUCUUCAGCACGAACUAGUACAGAUUCGCAACUCCUAUAAUGAUAAUGUCACAGAGAACGAUUAUCUAGACAAUGAGUGGCCGGGAGAGGCAAGGGUACAGAGACUACUUGAAAUGUCAAAUGGGCUCUUCAUUUUUGCCGCAACUAUAUGCAGAUUUAUCAAUCAAUCCAUAUUUGGUACCCCAGAGGAGCAGUUGGAAUAUAUGCUCACGUUUGCAACAAAAAGCAAUGUUCAUGCCUUUGCCGCCACAUAUCUACCUGUUUUGGAGAAGCAGAUCCCAGUGGAUACACCCAAGGUGCAAGGAGACGCUCUUGUUGACCAAGUCAAGAAUAUAUUGGGGGCUGUCAGUAUACUUGCUGAUCCUCUGUCUGUCCCUGCGCUAGCAAGGCUGAUUGGCCUACCGUCUAGUGUUCUCACAAAGAGGUUACAGAAUCUUGGCUCAGUAAUUGAGAUUGUAAAUACUGACGAUGGGGAUCCCGAGCAAUCUCAAAUUAGACUGCUGCAUCUCUCGUUCAGAGACUUUCUUUUAUCAUCUACUAUGCUGGAUAUGUCCCCUUUGGCGAUAAAUGAGGAAGAAGCACACAGGAGCCUAGCAAUACAUUGCCUCAAUGUUUUGACCAAUGCUGAGCUCGGGUUGCGGUUCAAUAUAUGCGGAAUGGACUCUCCGUCUGUGCAGCGUUCAGAUAUUAGCGAAGACCAUAUCAACGCAAGCUUGACGGCCGAAGUCAAGUAUGCUUGUAUCUUUCUGGCACAUCAUAUGCGACUUGCUCAAUUUCGAAUAAAGGAUAAUGAUGUGUUUCAUCAGUUUCUUAACCAGCACUUCCUUCACUGGGUGGAAGUGAUGAGCAUCCUUGGUCACAUGCUUGAAAUUGGGAAAAUGAUUACAGUAUUCCAAGGCCUUAUAGAUGUUUCUGAAGGUACAGUUGUUGGACUAUUUUUGGCUGACGCGCUUCGAUUCCUCUUAACCAAUAUUAUGUUACUGGAAACAUCUCCCCUCCAGCUAUAUUAUUCAGCUCUACUCUUCUCACCGGAAAACAGCAUCGUCAGAAAGCAGUUUGAAGGGUACUAUGAUAAAUGGAUAGUGGAGAAGCCAAAAACACAGAAAGAUUGGAAUGCUGAAAUACAGAGCUUUGAAACAGCAACACAUCGGGCACGGCGGCUGCUCUUUUCUCCAGAUGAAACGCUGCUGCUCUGCUGCAGCUUCGAAGCAGUGCAGCUUUUUACUACUGCAGGCGAAAGUCUAUUGACAAUUGGGCCAGAAGAAGAAGUGUUUCUUGGUAUUGCCUUUUCGAGUGAUAGCAAGCUCGUUUUAGCCUACAACCGAUCGAGUCAGACUCGCAUCUGGCGUGUAAGCGACUUGCAACUCACGAUAGACUUUAAACUACACUCUUCCACAGAAGCCAACGGUAUGUUUCCUACUGAGUUUGUUGGAAACGACACUGGUAUUCUUACUUGUUCAAAGUCUGGCUUUUCAGUAUCGUCGAUCUCAACAUGUGGCGAUGCGAGGACUAUAUAUUACGGUGACGAUAUGAAAGCUAGUUGCGCUGCAUUGUCGCCAGACAGGACUGUCCUAGCGGUUGCCUUACAACAGGCUAUACAAGUAUGGGAUAUACACUCUGGCCAGCUAAUAUCAACCAUCGGCUCGAGGCAUAGCACAAUAAACGAACUGCACUUCUCUUCAGACUCUAAGCUAUGGGCUCUAUAUGAAAAGGAGAAUAAACAGUAUAUCGCUUCUACAUCAUAUGGCAACAGCACCUACAAUAUUGAUGCAUAUCUAUGUGGCGUCAGUUUCUCUGCCACUUGUACCAAUAAGUACUAUAUUGUCGUCGAGGCGGAAAGUAUUCAUGUUUGGAACAUUGAGAAUGGAGAUCGCGUAGAUCAUCCUGUACCUGUCAAAAGAACAGCGCACAUGAUUGCUCAUGCAUCAAGGUCAUCGAUUCUAGCGCUAGCUAUUCCAUCGUCCGGAACAGGCAACACAAAUAUUUACUUUUGGAAACUCGAUACUGGGUCAAAAACAACGCUUCUUCAAGACCAAAGUUUUCAGGAUGCAAUCGCAGCAACAGGAAGCAAACCAGAGUGGUGGACCUCGUAUACGUUGCCAGAUCCCUCUUGUAUUGCUGUUGGUGAAUCUAUCGGCGGAAAAACGGCCCAAUUGUUGAGUGCCAAUAGUCAAAUAACGUUAGAUAUACCAAAUGCUGGCCCUAUAGUUGCUAUAUCGGCUGACAGGAGGUAUUUUGCUACAACAGAUGACUAUCGCGGAAGACAUGUCUAUCUUUGGUCAAUACAGAAGAAGCCAAUAAUACUGGGUAAACCGACAUUUGAUAGACCCCGCCCUCCGUAUUCUCUAACCCACCUAUUCUUUUCGCCAGAUUCAACCAUUCUUGGUGUAAUGGUUCACCGUUUGCAUUACCCAAAUGGAAAGCAAAUUCAUCCGCUGAGUGAACGUGGCUGCGAAAUCCUACUCUUCUCUGUCAAUACUCUGCAGCAUAUCCAAACCAUCGAUAUCACCAGUUUCUUCUAUUUCUACUGUUAUGCAGUUUGCUUUUCUCCCGAUAAUUCUCAGGUUGCUCUAAUGGGAGCAUAUGUGAUUCGGGUUGUGCAAAUCAACGAGUGUGGUGGAAUAUUUUCACAAGUCUCUGAAACUUGUACUGAAAAGCGAGCUCCGUUUCUAAUCAAAGAAAUAGAGCGGGAAAAAAGUACUGCUACCGAUGGUGUAAUAGUAUUCUCACCGGAUGGAUCUCUUCUUCUUUUUAUUGCUGAUGGUGUGCUGGAAGUAUUGCAUGUGGCCAGUGGAGCAUGUUUGCUUCACACGUUUAGAUGGAUGCUAAAUAAAGCAUGCUUUGAUGCUUUGAAACCAGCUAUUCUCACUAAUUUUGGAAUGAUUACAUACAUAAUCAACCAAAAAACAGAAGAGCAGCAGUUGGUGGAGGAUGAGCAUGAUGCACCGCUACCCUCAGACAACGUCUCACAAACCGAAUUUUCAAUGUCUUAUAAAUGGUCGGGUUGGGGUAUUAACGAAGAUCGAUGCUGGAUUAUGUGGAAUGGUGUAAAUUGGCUUUGGCUACCUCCAGAUUUUCGCACUGGUGGCGAGUCGAUGGAUGCACGAUUUAUGGCGACUGCUAUGGAAGGCAAUAAUGUGCUCUUUUUUAACAGGACUUAUGGUAUAACCAGACUUGAGUUUGUAGAUACUCCAGAGCUUAAAGAGUAUAUCUAAAUAUAUAUAUUAGUUUCUAUGCUAUAGUAUACAGGUUCUGGCAAGUUUCCCUGCAGAUGGCAGAAUGCAUUCUAUUUCCACGAUUUUGUUCGUAAUUUUCC